CCCCAUCCCCCAGCAGAUAAGCGGAUAUAGGCAAACGAAGGGCUAAACGGUAACCCCUGGGCGUCAGGGGGCCCGUGUGUUUAUGUGUGUCUGUGGGUGUGUCUGUUUAUGUGUGGUGUGUGUUUGCGUAUGUCUGGGUGCGUGACCGCCCUUCGGUGGGUCCGUCCGGCGGGGUCCGUAGGCCCGGGGCCCCGGAUUUGCCCGUCUGUGGCUCCACGCGUAAUUCGUGUGCGUCUGUCUUCGCCAGCGUCCGGUUGGGUGUCUGGUGUGUGCAUGUGUGUGUUGGGUAAGGGGGUGUCUGGGGUUUCCAUAGGACUGUCUCUUUCGGUGUCUGGAUGAGGCUGGGGUGUGUGUGUCCGCGUGUACGUACCUCUUUCCAUCUCUGUGAGGGGGUCCGUACGGGUCACUUUCUGUGUGUGUCUGGGUAGCUACGGGGGUCAGUUUCUCCGUGUGUGUGGGUCCGUUUGUGUGUGCCCGUCUGCGUGGGUCAGUUUCUGUCAAUGGGAGUGAGUCUGUGUGUGCGUGUGUGUUUGGGUAUUUGCACGAGUCGAUUUAUGAGUGUGUGUGCCUGUGUAGAGGGUCAGUGUCUGAGUGUGUGUGUUGGUGUAUGUGUGUGGGCCUGUGUAUACGGGUAGUUGCACGGGGCCGUUUCUGCCCGAGACCCUGUGUGUAUAUGUGUGUGUGCCUGUGUCUGGGUAUCUGCAUGGGUCAGUUUUUGUCUGUCCAAGGGUCAGUGUGUAUAUGUGUCUGUGUGUGUCUGGGUAUGGGUGUCUUCGUGGGUCAGCUCCUGUCUGUGGGAGUGACUGUUUGGGAGACCGUGUGUGUGUCCGUGUCUGCCCCACGUGCCUGCCUCUGCGUGCGAGCUUGUGCGUCCUCGUGUGUGUCUGAGGGUCUUAUCGGGUCUCCCGUGUGUGUGUCGUGUCUGUACAAGUCGGUGUGUGCAUGCCUAACCCCCUGUGAGAGUGUGUGCGCGUCUGAAGAGUGGAUGAGAAUUGGUGACUGGUCUGUGUGUGUCUAAGCCGGUUAUUUACAUGCCUAUCGCCAUGUGGGCCUGUGCGUGUAUGUCUGAAGGGUGUCCGGGUCAGUGUAUGUGAGCGGUGUGUAUAUGUGUGUGUACGUGGGAGGUUGUGCACGUGUCUGCUUUUCCUCCGGGGUCUCCGAGGCCCAGGAAGGGCCGACACUACCUGUCCACCCGGGCCUUCCCCUACUGACCCCGGGACCUUCUUUUCGGGUCUCUCUCUUUCCUCACUGAAGUUGAUCCGGGACCCAGGGAGGGGGCCCCCCCUCGCCCCUCCCUGCCCCCCGCCCCCCGACAUGAACCUGAACCUGCUCUAUCGCAAAACCAAGCUGGAGUGGAGGCAGCACAAGGAGGAGGAGGCCAAGAGGAGCGCAGGUAAGGAGGCGGGGCCGACGGGACCGGGAUCGGGACCGGGAUCGGGAUCGGGGCCCGGGGUCCGGGUGCGGGACAUCGCCUCCCUGCGCCGCUCGCUCAGGAUGGGCUUCAUGACGAUGCCGGCCGCCUCCUCCCAGGAGCACGCCCCGCACCCCUGCCGCAGCGCCCUCGCCCCCCGCUCCCUCUCCUGCCACUCGGUGGGCAGCGUGGACGGCGGCGCCGGAGGGGGAGGGGGCGGGGACGGCGGGGCGCGGAGACCCCCGGCCAAGCCCCGCCGACACCCCACCACCAAGCUCAGCAUGGCUGGGCUCGGGCCCGAAGUCCCCCCGAGCAAGAAAACCGGCCCUCAGAAGCCGGUCCCGGAAGGCCGAGACUGCAGCCGCAAGGUCCCCCCGCAGAAGCCGAAGCGCAGCCCCAACACCCAGCUCUCCGUCUCCUUCGACGAGUCCUGCCCGGAGGUGGCGGGCUCCCGGGCCGGGGCCGGGGUGGGCCCCGCCGCCCCUCCGCGCUCCGGCCGCGGGGGCCGGGGGGCGGCCGGGGACCCCGACCCGGGGGGCCGGGAGGAAGAGCCCGUCUACAUCGAGAUGGUGGGGGACGUGUUCCGGGCCGGCGGGCGAGGAGGAGGAGACGGAGGCCGAGGAGGAGGAGGAGGAGGAGGAGGAGACGGAGGAGGGGGCGCGGGGGGAGGGGGCGCCGGGGGCACCCCCGGCCCGGCCCCGCAGGACUCGGACUCGGAGGAGAGCGAGGCCAUCUACGAGGAGAUGAAGUACCCGCUGGCCGAGGAGGGGGCGGACGGGAGGGCCAACGGGGCCCUCCCGCCGCCGGCCGCCGCCGCCCCCUCCCCGGCCCCGCACCCGCCCCCGCACCCCCUCCGCCUGCUGCAGCGUCGCCCCGCCUCCGCCCUCCAGCCCCGCAGGGACGGGGGUCCCGCCAAGACCCCGCCGUGCUGCGACAUCCCGCCGCCCUUCCCCAACCUCCUCCAGCACCGGCCGCCGCUCCUCGCCUUCCCGCAGGCCAAGCCGGCCGGUCCCGCCGGCCCCGCCAGGGUCCCCGGGGACGGGGCGUCCCGCCUGCCCGUCCUCUGCCACGCCAAGGAGCCAGCCGGCCCCGGCCCCGUCGUCCAAGUGCCUGGGCGGGAGCCGGACGCCCCGCCGCCCCCUCCCGCCGUCGCCGCCGUCGCCCACGUGCUGCCCGCGCCGCCCUCGGGCCGGGCCCGGAGCCACUCGACGCCGCUGCCCCCGCAGGGCAAGGCUCAGCCCCGUGGGGAGCGGGACCUCCCCACCUCCCACAGCGUCAUCUGCCCCCGCGCCCCGGGGCCGGGGCCGGCGGCCCUCCCGGCAGCGGCGGCGCCCCCGGACACGGCGGUGGCCUACACCAUGGUGUACUCGGCCGUCAAGGUGACCGCCCACUCGGUCCUGCCGGCCGGCCCGGAGCCCCAGGCGGAGAAGGAGAUCGCGGUGCUGCACGGCAUGCUGUGCGCCGGCGGCAGGCCCCCGCCCCCGCCGCCCCCGCCCCCGCCGCCGCCCCCGGGACCCCCGGCCAAAGGAGGCCUCGCCGCCCUGCACCUCCACCACCACCACCUCCACCACCACCUCCUCCACCAUCACCACCACCACCUCCUCCACCAUCACCACCACCUCCACCGGCCCGGCUGCCUGGUCGCCUCCCCGCAAGGCCUCCCGGACCCCGCCGGGCCCCUGGGGCCGCCCUGGACCUACCCGGCCGGGGCGGGGUCCAAGAGACCCCCGGCCUACGAGAGCCUGAAGGCGGCCGGGGCGGGGCCGGCCAAGGGCUGCGGGACCCCGGCCCCCCUGGUGAAGAUCCAGCUGCCCGAGCGGGGCGAGGGCGCCUUCGCCAGCAUCGCCUGCGCCCACCUCCUGGCCAGGGCGGGGACCCCGGAGGACGGGGAGGAGGCGGGGGACGGCGACGGCGACGGGGAAGAGGUGGGGGCGGCGUUCGGGGCGGGCUGGGCCCUGCAGAGGAAGGUCUUGUACGGCGCCAGGAAAGCCAAGGAGCUGGACACAGAGGGGUCGGAGGGGGCCCGGGCCUGGGCCUGGGCCGGCCGCGCGGACCCGCCGGCCAAAGCGGAGCGGGAGGAGAAGGGGCUCCCGCCCUCGGCCAUCCCCGUGAGGAGCCAGGGGGCCGAGGGCCUGCUGGCCCGAAUCCACGCCGGAGGAGACCGAGGCGGCGGGGGCCGGACGGGGCUCCCCGUGCCCUGCCAGACCUUCCCCGCCUGCCACCGCAACGGAGACUUGACGGGGGGCUACCGCCUUGGGCGCUCAGCCUCCACCUCCGGGGUCCGCCAGGCAGCCCUCCACACCCCGCGCCCCUGCAGCCAGGCCCGGGAGUCGCCCAGCCAGAUGCACCCCGCGCUGCCCCAGCCGCUGCCCCUGCCCCUGCCCCUGCCCCUGCCUCAGCCGCCCCCGCCGGCCCGGGAGCGAGACGGGAAGCUGCUGGAGGUCAUCGAGCGCAAACGCUGCGUCUGCAAGGAGAUCAAGGCGAGGCACCGUCCGGACCGGGGCCUGUGCAAGCAGGAGAGCAUGCCCAUCCUCCCCAGCUGGCGCCGUGGGCCUGAGCCCCGCAAGGCCGGGACCCCACCCUGCCGACGCCAGCACACCGUCCUCUGGGACACGGCCAUCUGAGCUGGGGGACGGACCCCGGGACGGGGGGAUCGGGCCUAGGCAGCCAGCCUGCCCUUCCCACCCCAAGGAGGCCGCCCAGAGGCCCGCAGGUCUGGGAGGGGAAAGUGAGUGGAGCUCCCACCCCCCCGCCCCCUUCCCCCCUCGCUGGACGUGGGAGGUCGGACCCUCGGGCCUGCCCGUGGUCCCCCCCGCUGCUGGACUUUGGGGGUACGAGGCCAUCCCAGAACCGGUGGGGGUGUCCCCCCCCCCGCAACACACUCCCAGCUGCAUCCCCGUUUCUCCCCCAACCCCCUCAUUGGGGUGCGCAGACCCCCUCCCUCCUCCCACCCCCCACCCCGUGGAGGCCAGGGUCGGGGAGAGGGAGAAGAGUGGGGGGUGGGGGAGGUGGGUGUGAGCACCGAGUGUCAGAGAGUGAGUGUGAGAGACUGGAUUAUGGAAAGUUGGGGGUGGGGGGAGCAGGUGGCGGGAGGCAGGGAGGGGCUGUAUU